GCGCGGAAAAGCUACGGUUCGUCGGCCAAAUUGUGGAUUUUUGGCUGCAUACAACCCAACCAUCAGUCAAUCUACACGGAGGGUCUCCGCCGCUUCGAACUGCAACAGAUACCUAGGAUAAAACAAUAGAUUGGACAACAAUUGGGAAAGAUGUUACUCAACGAAAAGACCGCCAUUUCAACCUCCAAGGUCCUGCUUGUACCGUACUCCAAGUGGCAUGUCCCCAGAUAUCAUGAAUGGAUGAAGGAUGAGGAAAUCCAAGAAGCCACUGCUUCUGAGCCCCUCUCCCUAGAGGAGGAGUACGCCAUGCAACAAAGCUGGCGCCAGGACCCGGACAAACUGACAUUCAUCGUCUGCCAACCUACAACAACAACAAGCUCCUCCUCUGACUCCGCUGGAGAAGGUGAGGUCACAAAACUCGACGACCACACCGCCGACGAACCCCACCACAUGGUGGGGGACAUCAACCUCUUCCUCCGCGUCGAUGACGGCGAAGAAGGGGAGUCGGACCCGCAACUCGUCGGGGAGAUCGAGCUCAUGAUCGCCGAGAAGCGCAACCAGCGGCGCGGGUUCGGCAAGGCCGCGCUCUACACCUUCCUCCGGUAUAUCAUGGACCACGAGGCCGAGAUCCUGGAGGAGUUUGUGGCGGGCGAUGCCGCCGCGUUGCAGGCUCUGACGGUGUCUGGGCUGCAGCAACCACCGCGGCCGUGGAGGUUCGCCUGCCUGAGUGUGAAGAUCGGGCAGGCGAAUGAGCGGAGUUUGGCGCUGUUCGAGGGCGCGGGGUUCCGGAAGGUCUCGCCGGAGCCGAACUAUUUUGGGGAGUUUGAGUUGCGGCGGUUGCGGGAGAGUUUGGAACGCGGGCUGGUGGAUGAGAGUCUUGAAGGGGCUGGGGUUGCGGGGUAUACUGAGUUGGAGUAUACGAGGGUUCAGUAAGGGUUACUACUACCGGUCAUCUAUCAUUGGGUUUGGGCUGGUGCUUCCCUGCGGGUUUGCAGUCAUACCCCAG